CCCCCACCAACUCGCAUUGCGGCGACUCGUCGUCUGUGAGUAGCUGACAUGUCUCUGAAGACGCCUUCAUUCCGGCUUCGUCCUCCUAAUCGCCAGUCUCGGCCAGAGGACGACCUUGACAGCCCUAGGCACGUGAAGACGCGUUGUCACGCCGGAACUCACCCCCCGUGGGCGCUUUCUUCGUCUUCGUCUUCGCCUGUUUGUGUUUUUGUUUUCACUCGGGCAACAGCAACUGCGGCAAGAUAACAGCUUGGCUGCCGUCGGGCCACUUGAUCUCAACCCACUAACCUCCGCUACUAACACCAACCUGUCCACCAGCACCAUGGCGAAGAAGCGCAGAACUUCGACGUCCCCGACUCGCUCGGGUGCCCGCCAGAAGCGCAAACGGACCCGGUCGGCCUCCGAAAGCACUCUAAACUCUGGAGCGAAUACUCUUCCGACUAGUAACGACUGGGUAUUCCGCCUAAAGGUCCUAUCCUCCUCACAUGUCGACGACGAUCUCCUCGAUCAAGCGGUCAGAGGUCUCGUUCAGAUAUGCUUUCCAGAUGGAUUCCUCGAAGAGCUCGGAGUCGAUGUCGUCGAGGCUCACAUGCGCGAGGAAGGUGCCGCGCAAAACAACAUCGACCGAAUGAAGCCUGUCUUCCACGAUGCAAUGACACGCCAAAUGGCUUGGCUACUUGCGAAAUAUCUGGACACACCCGAAAAGCUUGAAGAAGCCGUCUCAGCCCUUGCCACUGCAAGUCAGCAGCUUCACGGUGAUAAGCUGGGAGCUGAGACCGGGGAGGGCGAGCACAAUGUCGCGUCCGACGCUAGCGGUGAGCCUUCAGAGCCCGAGCUCGAAACCCCUCCAAAGAAAUUGAACAAGAAGAGCAAGGCGUCGGACCAACGACGGAAGCCUGAAAAGAAGAGGCUGGAGUCGAACGAGGAUGUCAUCAUGGACGAUUCAGAACCCGAGGCGGAAAUCCAGCCUCACUGCGACCUAGCACCGCCGGAAACCAACCGAAGCAAGGAGAAAAAGGUUUCGACAUCCUGGCGCUGGGACAUCAAUCCUGCGGCUCUCCCAGCAGACAAUAUUUCCAACCUCUUCAAGAAAACCAGCGACCUCUUCGCCUACCAUGCACUGCCUGUUGUCAAGCACGAGCUCGGGCCGGGAACCGAGAGAAAGGCGAUCAGGAAAAGAAUUGAGGCUAUUCUGACCGACAUGCCGGAGACCCAAUAUGAGAAAUGGGUUGAAAGUCUUCAGCAGCUACACAACGGUGAUAUGUCAAUGUUAGAUCGGGUGUCACCGGACAACAUCUCAGUCCAAGGCGACAUCACGCGAGCUACGCCUGCACCCACCACUGUACAGCAUAGGCGCGGCAACCGUCUCCAGGUGUACAACGAACGCGCUUCUCGAGAGCAGCAGAACGCUAGCAGACCUGUUGUGGAGCAGACGCCAACCCAUGGACUCCCCGUGGUUGGCCGUGAUCUCCCCAGUAUCAAGCGAGAGAAGGAAGCUGACGUUGUUGAAGCGCCCGGAGCCUCGACUGGCGGAGCGCACCACGAACUCAACGAUGUCAACGCGACCCUAUCCGCCUUCAGGCAUCUAUCCACCGAAGAACCUCGCUCACGGGAAACAUCUCAACCUCACGAGACACCCGUGAUCGAUCUCCUCUGGGGAACUUCUCGCUUUAGACACGACGACCGGGAGCGCGUAGUGCACACAAUUAUGACUAAUCUUGACAAGCGCGUAUCAGCAGAUUACAUUGGAGUUCAGCAAUUCGACAAAGAGACUCGCGCGCGUAAUAAAUGGCACCUGCGCUCCGCGCUGGGAUCCUGGGGAAAGAGCCUCGAGUUCGAGCAUUCUGAUGUCAGGGCACGUAUGGAGGAUAAGCUUAGCUUUUGGGUGAUAGCAAAUCCAUUCGCUUUCCCCGAGCUUAAAGCAGAGCCCCUCUUCUUCACAUACCCGAUGCCUGCCGACACAGUCCUUCUGGACAUAGUAGAUCCUCUCGGAGUAUCCCGUCCGCCGAUGAAGGAUAGGCGGCGAAUUAAGGCAGUCAUCCUAAAUGUGUUUCGGUAUCGUAUUUCUUCAGACGUACGUUUACCAAGCCCAUCCCUCCCCUUUUUUUUCCACCAACUAAUCUCGCAUAGGACCUCGAGAUAGCCCGUGUGCGUUACGAACUCGAGUAUAUCCUGGCGCGUCCUAAUGCCGAUGGCGUGCAAAAGCGGGGCCUGUUGGAGAGGAUGUUGCGGCGUGCUGCGUUUGCGCGUAGGGACAAGUUCCCUGAGUUGAUGGGCUCUGUCCUGGUUAGGGCUUGGGAGCGUGUAACUGGGCUGCGGUGGUGAAAUGGUGUGAUUUCUCGGCUAUCUCCUGGCAGACGUACCUUAAUGCUCGUCGGCAACUCGCUACCUUCGACGGGUUGUUACGUGGUCCGACUCGCCCUCUGGACUCCUUAGUGGAAAUUGCGGAUAGCCAAAACGACGUCAUACGAUGCAUAGGUCAGGUUGGCUUUCGGUUUAGUAUUGAGAGUACUUUAGCAUACCGGGCCUGCUCGUGGAAUAAAA